CAAAGGCCAAGUGAUAGAAGAAGAAUCCCAUCCCCAAACGUGCACAUUCCUUCUUCAUCCAAAAGUUUAGAGGCAGAGCCUCUCUUUCACCAUCCGAAGGAGAGAGUGGGAGAGGUGGAACUGCAAAAGAAACCAGAGGAUCUGCUAAAUUAAUGCGCGAAAGGGAGGAGUCCGAACGCCAACUCGUUCUCCUUGCUGCUUAUUGCUUCUUACUUUCUGGUGUGUGUUUUGGUCUUCUAUGAGUUGAGGUCUUGCUUCUUUCCAUGCAUGGAGGGCGGCGAGAGCGGCCUCAACUCUUACUACCAGGCAGGCCCAUCGGCCAACAAUGGCAUGUUUGGUUCACCUCCCCACUCCAACCUUAACGCCUCUUCUACUUCCCCUUACUCUGAGGGGACUGCACUCGUCUUCCCUCAUUCUGCUGGUGGCAGACCUGCCGCCACCGUGCCGGAGGUCGUCCGGAGGAAACGAGGCAGACCGAGAAAGUAUGGACCGGGUGCAGAUGCGCCCGUGAGGCAUUCUACUGCUGUAGGUGUUCCUCUGUCCUCCGUUGCUCGCAAGAAAGAGCCUGCUUCGGCUAAGAAGGCUCAAAUGGUUGCGCUUGGCAAUGCUGGGCAAGGAUUCACACCUCAUAUUGUCAUGGUUGCAGCUGGAGAAGAUGUUUCCAAAAAAAUCAUGUCCUUCAUGCAGCAACGAAAGCGUGCUAUCUGUAUCCUGUCAGCAAAUGGAUCAAUAUCUAAUGCAAGUCUUCGGCAACCAGCAAUGUCAGGAGGGACUGUGGCAUAUGAGGGCAGGUUUGAAAUUUUAUCAUUGUCGGGAUCAUUCUUACAUUCAGAAGUAAGCGGAGCGUCAUCAAGAACUGGCGGGCUUAGUAUAUGCUUAUCUGGGGCGGAUGGCCGUAUUGUUGGGGGUGGUGUAGGUGGUCCUUUAAUUGCGGCUAGCCCAGUUCAGGUUAUCAUUGGUUCAUUUAUCAUGGAUCUAAAGAAGGACCUCGGCCAUGCUGGUAAAUCUGAAGCUCCAGCUAGCAAGUUGCCUUCAUCAAUGGUUACAUCAUCAGUUACACCUGUAAGCUUUAGAUCAGUGCCAGACUCUUCAAAAUUUUCAGGUAAAGGAGGAAGCAGUGACCAUAUGCCGGGAGGUGGGUUUAUGCUUCAAUCUCGGACAUUGCAUAUGGUUAAUCCUCGAGCAACUGAUUGGAGUCACCAUAUGGGUUCUGAAGGAAGAGGUGACCAUGACCAAUCUCCUGACGAUGGAGAUGACCAUUUGAGAGACUAGACUGGAAUCCCAACCUAGUUGAGUCUUGCUUACGUAUCCAUCUUGUUUCAAGAUGAAGAUGGCUAUUGACAGGUUCUUUCUUGCAUAAUGUCCAUAAAUCCUGUGUACAGGUUCUUGUUGUAUCAUUUUUCACUCCAUGAUCAGAUAUAUUAUCUUGUUAGUUCA